CUUCUCGCAGAUGAGCACCGCUGCCCGGGGGGAUCAGGCUGCAUGGCCUCCGGUCACGACAAUAUGACUGUCUCCGUGGAAUCUCCAGGCCUGACCUCCAGAGGCUGAAGGCAUCCCAGCUGUGUCAUUACGGGGAUUGGUGCGGGGCGGUACUGCUGCUGCCGCCGCCACCGCCACUGCUGAUGCUACUGCUGCUGUUGCUGCCGUGGAACGCUGCACAUUCACCACUGGAGGGAUCAAAUCUGUGCCAUCUGACGCCGGGGGAUUUGCGGGUUUAGUCAAAAUUGCUUUUUUUUUCCCUCUCCCCCCACCGUGGAGAUUAACCACUGAGGGAUGUUUACAGAGCGUGACGACUGAGUGAGAGAGAGAGAGAGAGAGAGAGAGAGAGAGAGAGAGAGAGAGAGAGAGAGAGGCGAAGAGAGAGUGAGAGAGAGAUGCCGCUCAGGCUGGAUGUGGUGCAGCGCAGCUGAAGAGAAUGUCUCUGGACCUGGGAGCUGUUUUCGCCGGUGCGCCCUGUGGAUUCGGACUCUGAGGACUCUUUUUUUUCUUCUUCUGUCUUGUGUGUGCUUGAGAGCGUGUGCUUUUUUUUUGGUGUCUCUUUUGACACUCCGUGUGGGGUAGGGGCAUCAUGCAGAUGGAGGCUGUCCUUGUGCUGAUCUGUGUGUGUCUGCUGGGAGUCACCGCGCGUCACAGGGACCAUAAGCCGGAUACCUUCAGACAAAGCAGAUUAAGAAGAGAGACAUCGAAAAUAGAAGCAGUUCCUCACAAACCCGGCAGCCCAAUCUUCAGAAGGAGUCCAGAUAUGACAAAAUCACCUGUGACAAAGUCGGAACAACUGUUAAGAAUAGACGACCAUGACUUCACUAUGCGACCAGCAUUUGGAGGACCUCCUAUUCCAGUAGGUGUUGAUGUACAGGUUGAAAGCCUUGACACCAUAUCUGAAGUUGAUAUGGACUUCACCAUGACCCUCUAUAUAAGGCACUACUGGAAGGACGAACGCCUGUCUUUCCCCAGCACCAACAACCAGAGUUUGACCUUUGACAGCAGGUUGGUUAAGAAGAUCUGGGUGCCGGAUAUGUUCUUCGUCCACUCAAAGAGAUCCUUCAUCCAUGACACCACCACAGAUAAUGUCAUGCUUCGGGUGUAUCCUGAUGGCAAUGUCCUCUACAGCCUGAGGGUCACAGUAACUGCUAUGUGUAACAUGGACCUGAGUCGUUUCCCUCUGGACACACAAACAUGCUCACUGGAGAUCGAAAGCUACGCGUACACUGAUGAUGACCUCAUGCUCUACUGGAAGAAGGGCAACGACUCUCUGAACACAGAUGACCGCAUCUCUCUGUCCCAGUUCCUUAUCCAGAAGUUCCACACCACCACAAAGCUAGCCUUCUACAGCAGCACAGGCUGGUAUAAUCGUCUCUACAUCCAUUUCACCCUGCGACGGCACAUCUUCUUCUUCCUGCUUCAGACCUAUUUUCCUGCAACACUGAUGGUCAUGCUGUCCUGGGUGUCCUUCUGGAUCGAUCGCAGAGCUGUGCCUGCCAGGGUACCUCUGGGAAUAACGACUGUGCUAACCAUGUCGACCAUCAUCACUGGUGUCAACGCCUCCAUGCCUCGAGUCUCCUACAUCAAAGCAGUGGACAUUUACCUAUGGGUCAGCUUUGUAUUCGUCUUCCUUUCUGUGAUAGAGUACGCAGCUGUGAAUUACCUAUCCACCGUACAAGAACGGAGAGAGAGAAAACUCAGAGAUCGGCUACCCUGUACGUGUGGCAUAGCAAACCCGGAUGACAUGAUGAUGAACCCGAGCUACAGUGAUGUGGACCCAAACAACACUGGGACCUACGGGAUGCCCGAGAAUGGCGGGCGCCAGGAGAGGAUUUUAGCCCAGUUCACUCUGGGGGACAAUCAGACCACCAGCCAGGUGAAGAGUUCCAGGAACUACAUUAACAUCUGGAUCGACACGCAUGCCAUAGACAAGUACUCAAGGGUGGUCUUUCCUGGCGCCUACACCCUCUUUAACAUCAUCUACUGGUCCAUAUACUCGUAAAUAUUGGUUCUGCCUGGGAAGGGGUGGACCCUGGUCCUGUGCAUAAAUAUGCUGUCUGUGGAGCACAACGUGAUUUUGAACAACACUGUGUCCUUCAAGAGAGAGGGAAGUCUCUUAACGUCAUCCUUUUUUUGCCUCUCCAGAAAAUUGGAUACUUUUGAAAGACGUUUAGCACUGUCCAGCUGAAGACGAAUACUACUAUAUAUUGCCUUCUUUAUUCAUUUCAAAAGAAGACAUUUACAAAUGUACUAUACUGUUCUUCAGAGAUUACAAACCUUCUUGAACAGCACAUUUUCUGUACUAUUUUUUUUCUCUAAAUUCAAGGAGUACCUUUACUAUUUUAUGUAUAUAUAAUGUCAGUAGAAAUAAAGGACCUGAAUCUAUGUAUAAUGCUUGUGGGACGCAAAACGACAACUCAGGUUUUAAAAUAAC